AUGGUGCUGUGCUACCUCAUCCGCUUCCUACAGGUAUUUGUACAGCCAGCCAACGUGGCCGUCACAAAGAUGGACGUCAGUAACCUAGCCAUGGUCAUGGCACCCAACUGUCUGCGCUGCGAGUCGGACGACCCCCGUAUCAUCUUUGAGAACACCAGAAAGGAAAUGUCCUUUAUCCGGGUCUUAAUCCAACACCUGGACACCAGCUUCAUGGAGGCAAUCCUAUAG